ACUUCCUCCACGCCGGCGCAUUUUAGUAGUCCUUAACUUAACAUGCACACAAAGCUCAAUAAAAUUGGCAGUAGCAUAGACUUAGCAAAACUCAGCUAAAACAUCGAUCGAUCGGCUUAUACUAUAUUCAAUUCAAAGCGAAAAUCAAGCGAAACAGUUUUUAAUGGCAAAUUCGUUACGAUUGUAUUUAACAUGCAUAAGAAACACGCUCGAAGCAGCUAUGUGUCUUCAGAAUUUCCCAUGCCAAGAAGUAGAGAGGCAUAACAAACCAGAGGUUGAACUAAAGACAAGCCCAGAACUUCUUCUUAAUCCUGUUUUGAUUUGUCGAAAUGAGGCUGAAAGGUGCUUGAUUGAAACAUCUAUUAAUUCCUUGCGCAUAAGUCUAAAGGUGAAACAGUCAGAUGAACUUGAAAAUAUACUAACAAAGAAGUUCCUUAGGUUUUUGUCUAUGAGAGCAGAAGCGUUUCAGGUGUUAAGGAGAAAGCCGGUUCAGGGCUACGACAUUAGUUUUCUCAUUACAAAUUAUCAUUGUGAAGAGAUGCAGAAGCAAAAGCUUAUUGAUUUCAUAGUGCAAUUCAUGGAGGACAUCGAUAAGGAGAUCAGUGAACUGAAACUAUCAGUGAACACCCGAGGGAGGCUUGUUGCUACUGAGUUUCUAAAGCAAUUCAUUUGAUAUUUCUUUUUUCUUCUUAUGGCAACUAGAAUAUGUAUUCAUUUUUUUUUCCUCCUCUACUUGAAGCUACAUAUUACAGAAAUUCUCUAUUGUAUUGCAUCAAUGAGUUCCCUUUUCCUUCACUUAUGUCAGGAGAUGGCAGAGUGAAUACUCAGUUAAUAUUUGCAACGAGUUGUAUUAGUCAU